AUGAGCCUAGCAUCGCUAAUAUGCGGCCGACUACUUCGAAUUUUCCAAUCGAUACUUGGUCUAAUGAAGAGAGCGUUGUGUUUUAUGCGUAAACGUGACAACAUUGGAGAAUUGCCGUUUACUGUUGUCGUUCGACAAACUGCUCCAGAAGAUCCAUACCCAACUGCAGUUGCUCCCGCAGGUUGGGAUGAUCACUGGGAGGAGAAGCAAGUCGUGGAGGAGAAGAUCGACGAGUGGAGGCGGAAAAAGGCUGAAGCAAAUCAGUCUCUGUCACAGAAGAACGACGAUAUCGACUUCUUCAACGAUAUGCAGCCGAACAUUAAGAAGGCUAAGAAGGUUGUGUUGAAGCCAAAAGUUCCACAACAUGCUCGUGAAAAUCGGAACCUGUUUGGAUUCACAGAGGAUUCAAGUGUAGACGGGGUGAGAAGAAGUCAUAUCUUUUAUAUUGCUUUUCGUACAAUUGUAAAGUGA